AUGACCGCGUGCACCCCCGCGGCGGGCACCUCAUUUCUCGGCGACGCCUCACGGCCAUCUCGCCCCUCGUCAGCCCUCCCUUCGGGAUCGGCUUCACCUUUCACACAAAUCUCCGUUCCGACUCCAGAGGGGACGGCCCGAAGUAAAGUCGCAUCUAUAGAGGACGUAGAGGACUCGGGAGGAUCCCGUAAGUUGCCCAUUACUUCCUCCCUUCCCCCUCUAGACCGAGUGCGCGAAAGUCUCCGCUCCUCGGUCUCUCCCCAUCCGGUCGCUCCCCUCAACUUCCCGCGGACGAUGCUCGUCCCGGGGAGUCUCGACGACGAUUCCUCCACGGGAGCUCAACCCUCGCACGACCUCAAGCCGUCAACUUUCGUCGAGUCGCCUCGACCUCGACCGGCCGACGGCAGCUCGCAGACGGCGUUACCACCCGGAUGGAGUGCCCGGCGGUCGCCUCCUAUCACUCCUUCCCCCGCGAAUUGGUUUUGCCCCGUGGAGGUCAACAACUCCGGAAUGCCUGUCUACGUUCCCCAACCGGUGGCCACGUCGACUCCUUGGAAGUCGAACGAUCCUUCCCAUAACUCGGCCCCGUCGAACCCUUCGGUCUCGGUGGACGAAGCUAUGCAAGCCGCUAAGGACGCAGUCGACAAGGUUCACCUCAAGGAUCUAAUGGAUGGGACGGGUAGAUUCAAGGUCCACCUUCGCAAGCCCGCGGAAGCUCAAGCUAUCUUCAACGACCUCAACGCGCGGGACGCUCUAGGAAACUUCAGCACUCUAUUCGAGGAAGCAAAC